AUUGAAACUCAGACCAUGGCCUACACUCUAGGCUCGACCACUGACGACCAGACGCUCAGUGUCGGCCCUCAGCACUGCGUCACCCGGGUGGAGCUGUCCGUCACUGCAGCCAGCCUGCUGGACCGAGAUGUAGCCUCCAAGUCGGACCCCUUCUGUGUUCUCUUCCAUGAGGUGGAUGGAAACUGGGUGGAGCUUGGCCGCACUGAAACAGCUGUGAACAACUUGAACCCAGUGUUUGGGGUGAAGUUUCGAGUGGACUACCACUUUGAGGAGAUCCAGAAGCUUCGCUUUGCCAUAUUCGAUGAAGACAAGUGUGCCACGCAGCUCUACGAACAUGACUUCCUGGGAGAGUUCAUUUGCACACUGGGAGUGAUUGUGUCCAAUAAGAAACUUCACAGACCGUUGAUCUUAGCCAAUGGGAAGCCAGCUGGCAAAGGAUCCAUUACGAUAACAGCUCAGGAGCUCUCUGACAACAGAAUCAUCACUUUGACCCUGAGUGGGCGUAAACUGGAUAAAAAGGACUUCUUUGGGAAGUCAGACCCCUACCUGGAGUUUCACAAACAGGGAGACGACGGCAAAUGGAUGCUGGUGCACAGGACUGAGGUCAUAAAGAACACUUUGGAUCCAGCAUGGAAACCUUUUACUGUGCCGCUCAUUUCUCUGUGCAAUGGAGAUGUGGACAGAAACAUCAAGGUCCUGUGUUACGACUAUGACAACGAUGGAGGCCACGACUUCAUCGGAGAGUUUCAAACCACGGCUGCCAAGAUGAGUGAAGCCCAGAACUCAGUGGAGGUAGAGUUUGACUGCAUCAACCCCAAGAAACAGAAGAAGAAGAAGAAUUAUAGGAACUCUGGCUUCAUCAUUGUCAAGUCAUGUAAGAUUACAAGAGACUACACUUUUCUGGAUUACAUACUUGGAGGGUGCCAGCUCAUGUUUACGGUCGGUAUAGACUUCACAGCAUCUAAUGGGAACCCUCGAGAGCCGUCCUCCCUCCACUACAUUAACCCGUUGGGCAGCAACGAGUAUCUCGCUGCCAUUUUAGCUGUGGGACAAAUCAUACAGGACUAUGACACCGACAAAAUGUUUCCUGCUCUGGGAUUUGGAGCUCAACUCCCACCAGACUGGAAGGUGUCACACGAAUUUGCCAUCAACUUCAACCCCACCAACCCGUUCUGUUCAGGUGUGGAGGGUAUUGCCCAGGCCUACUCCGCCUGUCUCCCUCACAUCCGCUUCUACGGCCCAACAAACUUUGCUCCAAUCAUCAGCCACGUGGCACGUUUUGCUGCCCAGGCACUUCAACAAGAGAAGGCAGCGCAGUACUUCACUCUCCUCAUCAUAACAGACGGUGUCAUCAGCGAUAUGGACGAGACGCGUCAGGAAAUCGUCCAGGCGUCGAAGCUUCCCAUGUCCAUCAUCAUCAUCGGUGUGGGCAACGCGGACUUCGCUGCCAUGGAGUUCUUGGAUGGAGACGCCAGCGUUUUAAGGUCCAACACGGGAGAGGAGGCUGUUCGCGACAUUGUGCAGUUUGUCCCUUUCAGAGAUUUCCGAAAUGCGCCCAAGGAGACCCUCGCCAAGUCCAUCCUAGCAGAACUGCCUCAGCAGGUCACCCAGUACUUUAAACAGCGGAAUCUACCGCCCACCAACACAGCACCGAAGUGAGACGCCCGACCACGAGAGCGCACACGCUGUACAAUAGCUCGACACAACUUCUCUUCUCAGCAACGGCAAACCAUGCAGAAUGAAAACGUGUAUAUUGGCUGUGAACAAAAAAAAAACGAGUUGUGGACAAACAAAAAAACACAAAAAAUAGUCAAACAUUGAAGACAUCCUGCCAGUAUAUUUGCAAGGUUGUUUGGUGUUUGGUCAGUAUCUGGUGUGAAUCCAUCAGUGGCGAUAUUCUCUGUUUCUUAAAGCUUUCCAGCACACAGAACCAUGAAAAAUAACGUUUAAUAAAGGACCUUGCAUGUCUAUAGUGAUGGCAGGUGUCUCCAAAUGAUAUGGAUGUUCAUGAAUAUGCAGGUAAAACACUGGCCUUUUUGUAAGAGAAAUGAAAAGCUUCUUGUUUUAUCAGGAUGUAGGUUUUUUUUCUUUUCUUUUUCUUUGUGCAUGCGUGUGUUGUGAUUGAUACCAUGUGAUGCAUACAACUUCUUAGUGUAGAGUCCCUUCUCGGCUGAAAUAUAUCAGUGGUUGAAUCCCGUCCCAUUGUCUUAUGGAUCCUUUUCAGGUAGCGGAUCAGACGAAGGCGGUUUGCUUUUGUGCUCACGUGUGGCCGACUCACAGACUGAGCCUGAACAGGGCACUAUUUUGGUUUUAAUGGCCAGUUGUCUGAAAUUUGAGUUUUAAAGCUCCACUAUGCUUGUUUGAUUCAAGAGGACAGAAUCAGAGGAGCAUGAGGCCGUAGUGGCAGCUGUAGCACUAAUGCAGGAUGGAUGUGGGAUACUUUGUGAACUCAUUAGGCUUUUAAAUAUGGGGCCAUUUUGCUAGCUUCUGCAAACUCCUUGUAUUUCUUAUGACUUCAGUGUAUCCUGCAUGAUGCCAAUAUCUACGCACUGUUUACAAACUGAGGCUGAUGAUCACUAAUGCAUGUUUGUUUUUAUGUAUUUUUUUCCUCCAAUUGAUGUAUUUAUCAGAUUUUGUAAAUAUUUUAAUGAGAUUCUGUGGAAAGGGAAUGAAGUACCACAUGGCAAACACAGAUGUGUUAGAGGAGGCUGUUACUUUCAGAGUUUUAAUGAUUGGAGUUGAAAGAGGAGUUUCUGAUAUGCAUAUAUAUCGAAUGUAUAUUUAUAUGAUGCUGUUCAUGUUCUGAUAAGCCAAUGUUUCUGACAUGUUUUUAAUGUACUUUUUAUGCAGUGUUGAAUUGUGUACCUAAACUCUGUGUGUUGCUGUGCAUCUUUGUACUAAAUGUGUUGCUCUUAAUUUUCUAAAGUUGUUUAUAUGUUCUCACUCAGGUUAAUAAACUGAAGGAAACAG